AUUAAGAGGAGAAGAUAUGCCAGAAUCAUUUUCUUGGUCAUACAAAAGGAAAUACAAGACAGGGUAUGUUUGGCAAGACUUACUAGAUGAUGAUCUUGUUACUCCAAUUUCAGACAAUGAAUUUGUCCUUAAAGGUUCUGAAAUUUCCUCCACCACUAAUAACAACACAGAAUCAUCAGAAACCACCUCAAUCUAUGUCCCAACAAAACCAUCAUCGGAAAUCGAAGAAUCGUCCAUCGACUCGGAAACUUCGACGUUAACAGACGAAUAUUCAGACAAGAUCAUGCAAGAAGCAAAAUCUUCGAUUUUUGGUUCCACGUUUGUCACAAAAGAGAAAAACGAAAAAACGACGAACAAAGUUAAGGUCGCAGAUUCCUCGUCAAAUAAACCCAAUUGCACGUCGAAUAUAUUUCGGAAUUUGAUAACUUGUGGAGCAGUGGAUACAAAUGAUUCAGCUCUGAAGGUGAAAAAUAAGAGUAAAAUUCGUGAUGGGGCGAAAGAUUCGUCGAAGAAAAAGGUUCAUUUUAGCGAGCAAAUGGUUUCUCGUCCUUCUUACAAGCCACUCAACGGACCCAAUUGUUCGCAAUGUGGAAAGCAAUUCAAGCCAGAGAAACUACAUGCACAUAUGAAAUCCUGCAAGGGAAAUAAAGCAUUGGCCAAAGCUUCGUCUAAUCCCUCGAUUUAUGCUACUAAUUCCGAUAAUAUCUCACAAAUAUCAACAAAAUUAUUCAAGAACGAGGACUCGGUUUCUAGCUAUCUCCUCACUCGUUGAUUAUUCGAACACUUUAUUUUG